AUGAUCAAGACAAUUCUACGGACUUAUUCAACCUCAAUUAAAACUUCUGUCCCCAAACAACAAGAAAAAUUUAUUACAGCAAAUUACAGAAAACUUCAAGAACAUUAUGAUACACCAAAAUAUCCCAUAGUAUUAUGUCAUGGAUUUUCAGGUUUCGAUAAAUUAACAUUAUUUGCAAAACCAAAUCUAGCUAUAAAUCAAGCAAUUGAUACUGCAAAAGAUGUUGCAAAAGAUGCAAAAAAUUCUAUUCAAAAUAAUAAAGAAUCUCAAAAAAAACUGUUACUUGAAUUUGAUUAUUGGGUUGGUAUAAAAGAAGCAUUAACUAAACUAGGCUCCACUGUAUUUAUAGCAAAAGUUCCAGCAUUUGGGAAUAUUAAAGAUAGAGCAAUAAGUUUAGAUAAAUUUAUAACAAAACAAUGUAAAAUUUUAAGAGAAUCAGAGACAAAAUCAUCAAUUUAUAAUAAAGAUCAUCAUUCACAACAUGAUACAUUUAAGAAUGAAAAUGAACCUAUAAAAAUUAAUUUAAUAAGUCAUUCAAUGGGUGGAUUAGAUUCAAGGUAUCUUAUUUCAAAAAUUCAUAAAAAUUCAAAAUCUAAAAUUUAUAAAAUUGUAUCAUUAACUACUAUAUCAACACCACAUCAUGGAUCAGAAGUUGCAGAUUUUAUUGAAAAAAAUUUAAGUGAUUUACCAUUUAUAAAAUCAAUAUGUCCUAAUUCAAUACACGAAUUAACUACUAAACAAAUGGAGAAAUUUAAUAAAGAAGUUCCCGAUGAUCCAUCAGUAAAAUAUUUUUCAUUUGGUGCAAAAUUUAAUCCUCAUUGGUAUAAUUUAUUUAAUUUAACUUGGCAAAUAAUGAAUCAUGAAAUUUUAAAAAACAAUAAGGGUAAAUUACUGGACUUAACAAAAUUAGAUAAUGAUGGAUUAGUAAGUGUUGAUAGUUCAAAAUGGGGGAAAUAUAUUGGUACAUUAGAUCAAGUUGAUCAUUUAGAUUUAAUUAAUUGGACAAAUAAAGCAAAAUUAAAUUAUGAUAAAAUUAUGUGGGCUGAAAAUCCUCCAUUUAAUGCUAUCGCUUUAUAUUUAGAUAUAGCUGAUAAAUUAGCUAAAAAUGGAUUAUAG